UCAAAUGCUUGAUUCAAGUAACUAUCAUUCUUGGGCACGUUCAAUGAAAAGAGCUCUUCGCAUCAAAAACAAACUUGGGUUUGUUGAUGGAAGCAUUUGUGAACCAUCUGAGGCUGAUAGUCCAUUGAUGGAUCAUUGGCUUCGAUGCAAUGACAUAGUCAUCACCUGGCUGCAAAACACCAUGUCAGUUGACAUUAAGAGCAGCACCCUUUAUGCUGAGACUGCUCAUCAACUGUGGAAGGAACUUGAGCAACGACUUGCACAGCAAAAUGCUCCAAGGAUUUAUGAAGUAAAGCAAGGUAUUGCUACAAUAAUGCAGAACCAAGACACUGUAAGUAUGUAUUACUCUAAGUUAAAAACUCUGCUAGAUGAAUUGAUGAACUAUGAGUCUAUUCCUAACUGCACAUGUGGGGGUUUGAAAACAAUAGUGGAUAACCAUGAAAGAGACUGGGUGAUGAAGUUUCUUAUGGGUUUAAAUGACACAUACAAAGCCCUUAAGGCUCAGAUCCUUCUAAUCAAGCCUUUCCCUAGUCUAAAUGAAGUGUACUCCAUAAUACAACAAGAAGAAAAGAGGCGACAGAUUUCUGUUGACACUUCAGUUGGUGACUCCAUGGCUAUGAUAGCAACUGCUAGAGAUGUAGGAAGGCAAAAUAUCACAUCUCAGAGAAAGUAUUAUUGCACUUUUUGUAAAAUGCCUGGACAUUCCUUAGAAAGGUGUUUUAAGGCUAACCCUGAGAAACCAGUGUGCAGUCAUUGCAGAAUGCCUGGCCAUGUUGCAGAAAAAUGCUUUAAACUUCAUGGUUAUCCACCAGGCCACAAGCUCCAUGGGAAGGGCAGACCUGCUUUUGCCAAUCAAGUCACUACCCUCAUGCCACCUGGACAUGAGCAAAUCAACAACAACCAAGCAACACUCACUCAAGAGCAAUAUUCACAGCUGAUUGCCUUGCUCAAAUCACAACCCAGUCAUUCUCACACAGCUUCACUUAAUCAAGUGCAUUCCCUCAGUCAUUCUGAAUCUGACAUGUCAAAAAUAUCUGGACCUUUUAACUUGGAAAACGACUGGAAUGGGUGAAGUGAGGAAUGGCUUGUAUCACCUACUGAGGAAUGAAGUCUCCCCUACAGCUUUAGUUGAAGUCCUAUCCUCUCUAACCACCAACACUGUCAUUUC